UAUUACCAACAACCACAGUUGGGCAUUGGGUCAGUGUGAUCAUGGGGAGCUAGAAGAAGAGCGUGAAGGGAAGCAAUGGCUAAAGCGUUCCUCCAUGGUAGUAGAUGAUCUUCAAAAGCAAGUGAUGGACAAAAGGCUUCUGCGGACAAUUCCCUACUAUGUCACAUGCCAGACAACGUCAGAAUUGGAAUCAUUCAACAAUCAUCUUUUGAUCUAUGCUCCAAAGCGGAAUGCUUUAAGGACUCAGCUUGCAGACAAGGAUGGAAAUCUCAGGUGGAAAAGAAGCUUCUCUAAGGCAGCAAACAACUGGUCUGUAAAACCUGUCAAGGAAGUCAAACAGUACAAGUACAUUCCAGACCUCCUGACCAAGAUUGCAGGCGUGUACCUUGCAGGGGAAGACACCUUGCGCUCGGCUGUAAAAGUGGACCCCCUAGACCCUCGCCGAAUUUCUGCACAUAUAGCAACAAUCUCUCCAAAACCUCAAAACCAACGAAGAUAA